AAAAAAAGUUACACAAGCGAGAGAUGAGGUUUUACAACAGGACGGUUUCACAACUGUGAACGAGACUUCACGCCUACAUUCACCGUCCACUGCUACCGGUUAGACCUGUGGCCUCAGAGGGGUUUAUUAUAGGAGGGCGGGGGGCGGCAUAUCUCUCACACACACACACAGACAUAGUCAAUCUGUGUUUUUCUUCUCUGGACAAUAACCGCCUUUCACCAGCCUGUUGUGGCACACAUGAUUGGGAACACACCGGUGCGUUAACGUGAUCGUCUCGGUCGUCGCCCACAGCCGUCUGGAGCCAUUAUAUUAUAUUAUAUUAUAUAUAGUCUAUUUAUUACACCGCUCAUAGUGAGGAGACAGGAGGGGGGGACCUCUGAAGUCUUCAUCUACUACAGCUAUCGUAAAACUGAAAUUAUCUUUCAACUAUGGAGUUGAGUUCAGUAAUUUUAACCACCGGGAGCUCCUUCGGGUUUUUCCGACUUGUCCACGCGGGGGUCAGUAAACUCCCCAUGCCCGAGUCCGCCUGUAGGAAUGCGUGGAAAUGGAGAAACAUCGCCACAUCCUUCGUGCACAGCUUUAUCACUGCGAUAUGGGCAGUGCUGUGCUUUUUCCGUCACCCGCAGAUGGCUGAAGAUUUGAUAGAAACUCACUCAGUGUUUUCUCACGCUUUGGUGUCGUUUUCCAUCGGUUACUUCAUGUAUGACUUCUUUGACAUGGUGGUGAACCAGAAGCUGAGUCAGUCAUGGGAGCUUCUCUUUCAUCACUUGGUGGUGAUCACCUGUUUCGGCCUGUCUGUGCUGUCUUGCCGCUACGUGGGCUUCGCCGUGGUGGCCCUGUUGGUGGAGAUUAACUCCGUGUUCCUCCAUCUCAGGCAAAUGCUGCGUAUGGCCAACAUUGCCAAAGGCACGCUAUACCGGGUCAACAGCAUGAUCAACCUCGGCACAUACGUGGUGUUCCGCAUCAACACGCUGGCCUGGAUGACCCGCUGGCUGGUGCUCAACAGGGACAAUGUGCCCCUCCUGGCCUACACACUGGGCAGCGUGGGUCUGGCCAUCAUGACGGCCAUGAACAUCGUCCUGUUUUAUCGGCUACUCAGGAGCGACUUUUUGAAGAGCAGCAAGACCAAGAAAGAGAAAGAGAUGUAGAGAGGAGAGGAGGAAGGGACCCGAGGGAUUGGAUUCACAAGCACACUGGUUACUGUACGUUAACACCCUGUGGCUGAGAUUUGGUACCGUUUUUCAUGUGUGUGGUUAUACAUACUCAUACUGUAUAUAUGUGCAUACAAGGUGUCAUCAAAUGGCCUCACGUCAAACAUAGAUCACUCACAGCCGUUAUGCUAAAAGCUACCUUUAGUUGUAGUUUUAACUUCAGGCUGUGUUCCAGUCAUCUUUAAGUGCCAUUAGUGCCUCACUAAUGGCAGAUGGAGGAUUCUUCAUAUGAACAAUUUAAGGCCUUGUAAAACGACACCAAACUCCCUAUUGCCAGGGUGUUUCACCUAAAUCUUUUGUGAAAUGUAGCCUAUGUCAAGUGAAGAUGCACCCGCCAACGCUCAUGUACAGUAUAUUUACAUCGAAAACAUAGGAAUCAAGUACAAAAUAUCUUUAGAUAUAUCACAAGAAUAACCUUUCUGUUUAUACAUUUUAUACACAUAUUAUACUGUUGUGGGUUAUUUGAAAUAAUGUUUAUUUACCACUGAGUAAAAAUAUCUGUGGAAUCCAAACCCUCUUGUUGUUUAACGCGAGCAUUGCAGAGGUGAAUAUAUCUUCUUUUUUUUUUCUUUCCACCAAAUCUCCUCAACUAAAAACCGCCUGCUACCUCAGAAAGCUCGUAACAGUUCUUUACCUCUUCCUAACACAAGCUUUGCUGUCAGUGUUCGGCAGGUUCUUUGUUAUUAGGGAAGAAAAUAAAUAUAUUUACAGAUUAUAUAUGUCUGUAGAGGAAGGAUAUCCAGAAAAUACUAAUCUUGACUGAGGGAGAGAAUAGAGGGUAAGAGGGUGAUAAAUAAAUACUUUAAAGUUGCAUUUAGAUAAAACAGAUCCAAUUUCUUUUGAUGAAACAGUCCUAGCAGGCCUUACAUUUAUUAAGAUUAUACAGUUUAACCCCAAUCCUUAAAACCCUACUGUCCCCCCACCAGGUCACUGUGAUAGUAAAUCUCAAAGGAACAAAAUAAAUUGAGAAUAUUCUGACUCCAAGGGCUCACCGAUUGAUUAUGGCUAAAGAGAGACGAGGGUUGCCCCCCGACCACCCAUCAGCCAUCGCCAAUGACAUCAGUGUCCAGCAGCAGUCAGUAACGGAGGUUGUCAGACAGCUCGGUUGGCUGCUGUAUACUUGAAACCUGCAAAAUGACAAGAAAACAAGCAAAAACAACAGUAGAUGGUGCUGCAGCAAUGUUUUCAUGGUUUGUAUGUAUUCCUUUAGUGGUCUAUUAUGGUGUUUAGUCUGCGGUAGGAGCUCUCAGACAGGCAGGAGUUGUUGUUCUUCAUUUGGCCUUCGGAGGACAGCACUCUCUUCAACAUUAUCUCAGUGAUCACAACAACACACACAAGAACACCAGAGAUGUCUUUAUUUUGUUACGUCUUUGUCCAUCUUUGUGCCCCUCGCCUUCAAUGUGAAGUCGGCAGUAAGCACGGACGUAUGCAGAGAAACUCCUGAGGUCAGUGUUGGUCUGAGAUCUGUGAAUACUGCAAACACACAUUUAUACACACGGCUGCUACGAGGCUGCCUAAUUCCCCCCUCACAUCAUACUGUAACAGUCAUUGUAUGAUAUGGAAAUGUUUGAUGCCAUUUAUGUUUUAUGUUGUUGCUUUUUUGUGUGUGUAAAUUCAUUGUUUGCGGGGUAAAAUUGUGUAUAUUUGUAAUUUAUUUGUGCUAAAACAAAGUUGUGGAUUAAAGAUAAAAUGAACACGAUGUUCAAUGAAUUUCCCUGUUUGGAAAACAGUUGAUUAUAGUUGAUUUAAUUGUGUAAGUCAUGUUGUUGUGUGGCCUUUCUUUCUAUGUUUCCUCAGCUUAAAUUUUCAUAACCCGGUGUCUACAAGCUCAUAGUCAGCUUAAAAGUGUUCAGUGUUCAAGCCCUAAAACCAGGCUGUCCAACCAUAUUACAAACACAGCCACAUAUUCAGUGAACAUCCUGUGGAGUUGGAAGGAAACAUCAGACGCAAUCAGUAAAUUUAGAAUCUGCUGUUAGCACUUAAAUGCAGCUCAGUGACACAGACAGUCCACAUCUCUUUGUCCACAUUAAAAUCAAGACAUCACUGCACUAAAGAAACUGCCCUGUUUGAAGGCAGUAAAGUUUGAAUUAUUGUUGUUGUGGCUGAUUCCCAGUUUAAAAACAAGUGUAACUCCAGUUUUGAAUUUUUAUUGUGAAUGUAUAUUUGCAUUUUCUUCCAAUUUGUAAUUUUUAUUUUAGGGCAGCUUAACUUUGUGGUUAUAGUGUUGACAACUAGUGACACUUGAGCUUCUUUCUGACAAGCAAGUUUAUAUCUGUGAACGUGUUCUCUGAGGCUGUAAUGUUAUUGGAAAUAUACACGUAUGAGACCAGAUUUGUUCAUUAUGUUGCUGUGUGCUUUUAGGAAUUGUGAUAUAACGUAGCAGCCGUCUUAAUCAGUGUCAUGCCAAGAACAAGCUACUGUACUGCACUCCUGUUCCUCAGAGAGGGGCAGCAGUCGUGAGCUCGUAUGGUCACGCUGCCAUAUAUUCCUCGUCAUACACAAUAAAUGUGGUGGUUGACUGCA